AUGGCCAGCCAGGGUGUCAACGUCCUCCGCUACUCGGCUCUCGUGGCCGGUCUCGUCUACGGAGUCUACCACCAGUCGUCCCUCAACUCGACGGCGAAGCGCGCAGAAAUCGAGCACGAAUACGCACGCAAGGAGCGCCUGAUCGAGCAGGCCAAGGCCGAGUGGAAGAAGAAGACCAUGCCCCAGGAGACCAAGCCACAAGCCAGCGGAUUGAUCACGAACUUCGAGGACCCCAAUUUCGACCUCGAGGCAUUCUUGAAGGCCAAGGCUGAGUCGUCUUAG